AUGGGGGAUGAGAUCACCAAGGCUCAGGACGCCUUGCCUGGUGGUGACAUGAUCUUCAGGAAGAUCCUUUGGAAAGAAACCACAACCAAAAUCAUUUUUGAGGAUGACCAUUGUCUUGCUUUCCAUGACAUUUCCCCUCAAGCACCAACACAUUUUCUGGUGAAACAUAUAUCCCAUACUUCUGCAGCAGAAGCUGUUAAUGACAGUCUUCUUGAACAUUUAAUGGUUGUUGGCAAGAACUGUGCUGCUGUCCUGGGCCUGAAGCAGGUUGUCACGUGGUGGCGAAUGAAGGUGCCGGUAGGGGGCAGGCACGUUCACCUUCAUGUUUUGGGCGUCAGCAGAUGA